AUGCUUGGCAUCAUCCGUCGUUGUCUCUCUAGGCAGCAGACAGAGCCUGAGCCGAGAAAUGCUGAACUGGAAGAGCCUCAAUCAAAGGAAUACAACGCACUUCGCCAAGUAGACGAAACUUCAUAUAUUUGCAAUCAUGUCAUAGAUAUAGAUGUCCUUUUUCUGCUACUCUAUGAGCCCGAUGAUGAACGUCAACCGGGCCACUGGGUCGUCGAAGAAACAUCUUGUAACGAAGCUUUCUCUAGUGAUGUGGCUACAUCCAGUGGCCAGGCCGCUACUACCUAUGAUGUGACUACCCCAAGUGGUGCGACCAGCUCCAGUGACCUGGAUGCUAACCAGGUUUUCCAACAAACGCUCGAGCCUUGGUCUAUCGAACGUCGUUGCCUGGAUGCCCAUGCCCUUUAUUUGCUGUAUAAUGAACCAUUCUCUCUACACCAAGAUACUGUAGAUACACUGCUUAAGGAACCAUCGUUUACUGGUCGUGCCCCGGAUACUAAAGGCGCUUCGAGGCUUCUGUCUACCCGUGAUUAUAACCAGCCUUUCAAUCCAGCCUCCCCCCAGCCAGAAGAAGCAUGGAUUGAAGAUCUAUGGCAAUGUUCAACUACAGACGCGUUGCUUGCAGAAGCGGAGCGAAUUUGGCUGGAUGGUGACUCUCAGUGGGCACACGAGAUUGCCGAUGAGAUUUCCGAGGAUCCAUCUUUGUCCCGUAAAGACUUUGUGCGAUUCUUCACUUCCACAUGA